AUGCACUCUUUAACCAUCCCAGGUAUUGUCCUGGCCCUGACUGGGCUGGGCAACGCCGCGACAAUCUCGAAACGCGAGCUCUCAAUCACUACCAGCCUUCCCACAGGCUUCAAGUACCUCGGCUGCUAUACCGAUUCUCCUGGUAACCGCCAGCUGGCUCGUGCCAGUUACGUCGACUACAGCCGCAUGACGGAGGAAUCAUGCAUCGCGUUCUGUUCGGCCAAGGGCUUCCCAUACGCCGGUGUCGAGUACGCUUCCGAGUGCUACUGCGACUAUUCCCUGGGGCUCCUAGCCACAAAGCAGCCCGAAUCCGAUUGCAACUUCGCCUGCACCGGCGACUCGACGGAGCCUUGCGGUGCCGGGGACAGACUCAGUGUCUUCACGACAACCGCUGCCGCCGUCGCCGGUCCCGAUGUCAACCCCGGCCCGGCGGGCUGGGCCUCUCUGGGCUGCUAUAACGACAACAUCCCCGGCCGCAUCCUCGCUUACCGCACCGGUGUUGCGGCCGGCGACAGUCUCAUGUCGGUCCUACAGUGCACCACCGCCUGCAAAGCCGCCGGAUUCUCCUACGCCGGAGUCGAGUACUCUUCGGAGUGCUACUGCGACAACCAGAUCCUCAGCACCGCCACCGGUGGCCAGACCGGCUGUAACAUGCUCUGCUCGGGCAACGGCACGGAGUACUGCGGCGGAGGGAACUUCAUCAACAUCUACAAGUCUUCCGCUGCGCCCAAGACAGCGAGCGCCGUGCCCGCGGGCUGGACUGGCCAGGGUUGCCUGAAGGACAAUGUUCUCGGCCGCGCUCUCGGCGUUGGCAUGGCUGUGGCGGGCGGGCCCGCCAGCAUGACGGUCGAAAGCUGUGUCGCUGCGUGUUCCGCCGCCGGAUACCAGAUUGCUGGUGUCGAGUACUCUCAGGAGUGCUGGUGUGACAACCAGAUCCAGAACGGAGGCGUGCUGACUCUUCCGACGGACGGCUGCAACAUGCUUUGCAGAGGCAACACGUACGAGACCUGUGGCGGCUCGAACCGCCUCAACAUCUACGCGUCUUACAACCUGAAUUUGGCCCUGCCCUCUAGCAGUUCCUCAUCCACGACCGCCUCUACCUCGACCACAGCCACUUCAUCUUCCUCCAGCGGCGUCUGCGCCGCUCCCAGCCCAACCAUUGCAAGCGGCCCGUACGUGAGAAACUCCGGGUGGGACUACGGCACCGGCAACUGGACCAUCACCGGGGCCGCUACCGGACGCAUCGUCGGCGACGGGUAUCAAGUAAGCGGCUGCGGAGCUCUCCUCUUCGAGUCCGCCGCAGGAGGUCUCAUAGGCCGCUUCACCCAAACACUGACCCUGCCCGCCUCCACCACGACCAAGAGGAGGAUCGUCACCGCCUACAUCGGCCGCAUGAAUGAGACGCCGUCCUCCGCCGGGGUGCCGACAUUUGGGUUCGCCUGGGACACUUAUCCCAUCCCGGACGUCUUGGUGUGCGGGUCGACCAACAACCCCUGCAGAAACGUCAACACGCCGCUGGCGAGCUACUCCAAGUACACGUGGACGUUCAACAUCGCGGGCGGCACGCACUACAUCAUGUUUGCCUUCAAUUGGCCCAGCGGAAGCAACAAGGCGCCGGUUCUGAUUGAUGACAUUACCGUUGUUGAUGCGUAG